AUGCAACGACUCAGUCUCGGAGAAGCUGAUAAAGGCUCAUAUGAAAGCGACGACCUGUAUAGAGAUGCAGAUAAAAGCGUUUCUAGGACUAUGCAAGGGUUAAAUCGGCCCAGCUUCCAGCCCUCGCGGCGUCCGGAUCACGGUUCGAGGUUCGAGUGUGGCCGGAAAGAAACCACGCAUUACCAAAGAUUUACUGCUAAUAGCUGUGAAACCGAAGAGUAUGGCGAUGAACACAUUGCGCAGAUUGCUGCCGAGGCAUUUGAAGGAGGUGAUGGGGGCGAUUUCGACUAUAUUGACGAAGAAUCUGCUGCUGAAGAUGAAGACGUCGGUGACGCCAGAAUGCCCGGUGGCGCAGUGGUGUAG